AUGUCUACUGGAUCUCCCAGUGAUACCGAGGAUAUUCAGGAAAUGGAAUUACAGGGGCUGCAUCUCAAAUGUAACGGUUUGAAACACGAGUCGAACGAGGCGGAAUUCUAUAUCUCCGCUGAAAACACGGACGAAUCGAGUUCUGACUGCAGCUCCAAGAGGAAAAGGCAAGGGGCUGUUAGGAGAAAGCAAAUGCUCCGGCUGGGCAAAGAGGGCAAGCAGUCGCAGAGAAACGCUGCCAAUGCCAGGGAGAGAGCCAGGAUGCGAGUCCUGAGCAAAGCCUUCUCCAGGUUAAAAACCAGCCUGCCCUGGGUGCCCUCAGACACAAAACUUUCCAAACUUGACACCCUCAGACUGGCAGCUAGCUACAUCGCACAUUUAAGGCAGAUCUUAGCAAAUGAUAAAUACGAAAAUGGAUACGUCCAUCCGGUAAAUCUGACCUGGCCAUUCGUGGUUUCAGGAAGAUCUGAAGUAGAUAGCAAAGAUUUUGCCACCACGUCCAGAUUAUGUGGGACUACUGCUUAGCAACAAGCGCCUUCCACUUCAACUCCUCCCUGAGCAGCUGUCACCAUUCCAACGCUUGGCCUGAGCGAUAAAGUAGAUGCGCCGUCGGAAUGAUGCGGGACAGCCACGUUGGUUUGCAGGCUUUGCAGGACAAAGCUCCGACUUGCCGCAUUGUUCUAAUGGAGGUGCGGGACAGCCUAUAAUAUUGCCGGCCUCUUCAGGACCUUCUCGAAGAUGAUCCGGUCCUGUUCCGAUUACGGAUGUUCCUUUUUCUAUACAGAGUAGGGUGAGAUGCCAGCUGCCCUCCAUCCACUGAAAGCACAUUCAACAUUGUAAAUAAGUUGAAACGUAGCAGUAUUGACCAUUGGUUAAUAAAUUGUGGAAUUAUGGCGACUACAUGUAAGAGAAACAACAAGCCACUUAAUGUAUAAUAAAUAUUUUUGUAUUCUUGUAUAUUACAGCUUGGAUAAAGGUGCUAUGAUUGCCUCCAGUAUUGCGUUA